AUGUUUAAUAUACAAUAUAGUCUUUUAAUAAUAUUACUAUAUACAUUAACUAAUAAUUAUGCAUAUUAUUUUCAUUAUUAUAAUUAUACACAAAUGACUAAUUUUCUUCAUGAUACAGUUAUUCGUUAUCCAUCAAAAGCAGCAUUAUAUGAAAUAGGAAAAACUCAUGGAGGACGAUCAUUAUGGGCUAUAGCAUUAAGUUCAUAUGCUCCAAAUGAACAUAUAUUAUUACGUCCAGAAGUAAAAUAUAUUGGAAAUAUGCAUGGAAAUGAAGUUGUUGGUCUUCAAUUAUUAUUAUAUUUAAUUGAAUAUCUUCUAACAUCAAAUGAUAAUCAAGUUAUAGAAUUAAUGAAUGGUUCUCGAAUAUGGAUUAUGCCAUCAAUGAAUCCUGAUGGUUUAGCAUUAUCACAAUAUGGUGAUUGUUCAACAAUAAACGGAAGAUUUACAUUAAAUAAUAUUGAUUUAAAUCGAGAUUUUCCGGAUUAUCUUGGUAUUCAACUUUCAUUAUCGAAUCGUGCUUUAGAAACACGUGCAAUUAUGUCUUGGCUUCAUGAUAUACCAUUUGUUCUUUCAGCAAAUUUUCAUGGUGGUGCAUUUAUUAUUAAUAUUCCUUAUGAUCGUUAUUAUGUUGGAAAAAUAUCAAUUAGUUCUGAUGAUGAUAUAUAUCAAAUGAUUGGUAGAUCAUAUGUUAAUCGAAUAUUAGACACAGAAAGAUAUUGUAAUUUAAAUAAAGAUGAUGUUGGAACAGUUAUACGUGGUGCUGAUUGGUAUGAAAUUAUUGGUAGUAUGCAAGAUUAUGGUUAUUUAAAUUAUGGUACUAUUGAAAUGACAAUGGAAAUAUCAUGUUGUAAAUAUCCAAAUGAAAAUGUAUUAUUUUCAUAUUGGAAUUAUAAUCGUGACGCUAUGGUGGAACUUUUAUUUCAAGCACAACGAGGAGUCAAAGGUUUAAUACUCGAUGAAUAUUAUCAACCUAUUCAAUUUACACAGAUUAUGAUUGAUAAUAGACGACCUGUAGUUAAGGUAACAUCAUUAGGAGAAUUUUGGAGAAUAUUAUUACCAGGAGUUUAUACUCUAAAGGUAUUCUAUCGUGGUUAUGAAAUUUAUCGUCAACAAAUAAUAAUUAAUAAUAGUUAUAUACCAUUAAAUAUAAAUAUUAUUAUUCCACGAUUAACAUAUCUUCAUUAUACAAAUAGACCAAUUCAAUUAUUAUCUCCUUUUAUGACUAAUUCAACUUAUUCAAUAUCAAUUUCAUAUGUGUUAUUUUUUCUUUGUCUUAUUUUUCUAGAGAAUUAA